ACAGUGACGGUCAAACUGUUGAACGCAACACUUCGUGCAAUCCCGCAAGCCAGAUUCUGUUUCGAAUUGAUACAGAAAUUUGUGUAACUUACACACGCCUAUGUGAAUAAGUAUGGAAAUAUGAAUAUAUACGUAUAAAAACGGGUGCAAUACGGAUGGAAAGUGGCAACUGGAUAUAUAUAUAUACACUUUGUUAUUUUUGUUUUUUCACUCAGUCUUACAUCUAGCGCGGGACUUGACGAAAUAUCUGUGUGUAUAACGAUACGUGGUACUUCGCAGUGACUUCCGCAGGAUACGUUGCAAAAUUUACGUACGACACAACAAUUGUUGAGGAGAAAAAAUAUCGAAAAAGUAAAUCGACGAUAAGUGACGAAGGAUAGUGUGUCUGCACAGUCAGUAGCUAAUCCUGUUGCUGCUGCUGCUGCUGCUGUUGCUGCACCUGUAAAAUAUUAAAAUCCGCCGAGUAGAUUUUCUAUCGGAGUUAUAUAGUGCGUUGUGAAUGGUAUAUGGUGAGUGGUGGUGCCAAGUGCAAAGAGAGUGCGAUUGCGUACAGUGCAUGGGACUCGCUGCGAUGCCGUGGUCGUUAAAACUACGGACUUACGGGUAGCUCGGAGAGGCCGUGUCAGUGACUGUAGUCACGAUGCACAUGUCGCUGCUGCUGAGAUUGGUGUUAGCGGCAGUAGGUGUGCUGCUGGCGGGCGUUUGUUGUUGUGCGGCGGGUGCCGCCGAUACGGUGGAAGAAGAAGUCGUGGGAGCCGGAGACCGCGAGCAAGCCAUCGCCGGUGUCGAGGCUAGCCUCCUUUCCCUUCUGGGCUUUUCGAAGAGACCCAGACCGUUGGGACCUUCUCACGUGCCCGAGUCACUUAAGAAAUUGUAUCUUCGACAGAGCGCCAGCGGAAUGGCCGAUAUAGCGAGGCCUGGGAUCCACGCCAGAUCGUCGAACACCGUUCGAUCCUUCGCUCACGUAGAGAGUAAGAUCGAUGAGAAAUUUCAAAGUCCUCACAGAUUUCGGCUUUCGUUUGACCUGAGCAGCGUCCCGUUACAAGAGACGUUGCACGCCGCUGAGCUCAGCCUAUCCCGUGUCGCUUUAACCGAAUCGGACGAAGAAGACGAAGCGUCUAGGUAUCAGCGUAUCCUUGUUCACGACAUAGUUCUCCCGGGCGUUCGAGGACGCAGUAAGCCGAUCCUAAGAUUGGUGGACAGUAAGUUAGUCGACACGAAAUCGAACUCUUCGGUACCUUUGGACGUCCACCCCGCGGUCGAAAGGUGGAUACAAAACCCUUCGCAAAAUUACGGCCUCCUCGUCGAGGUGAUGGGCGCGAAACGGAGAAAAAAUGAGCACGUACGCUUGAGACGGAGCGCGGGAGAGGACGAGGAAUCUUGGACGGCGAAUAGGCCGUUUCUGUUCACCUACACGGACGAUGGAAGAAAUGAGAUGUCGUCGGCCGAACAAAUAUUGGAAAGACGCGCGAGGAGAGCGACGUUGAGAAAGAAUCGUAGAAAAAAUGGACGCGAGAAUUGCCGACGGCAUCCACUUUACGUAGAUUUCGUCGACGUUGGAUGGAACGAUUGGAUCGUUGCACCGCCAGGUUACGACGCAUUCUACUGUCACGGCGAUUGUCCAUUCCCCCUCGCCGAUCAUUUGAAUUCGACGAAUCACGCGAUCGUGCAAACCCUCGUUUAUUCGACGAAUCCAAACAUUGUGCCAAAGGCAUGCUGCGUACCGACAGCUCUGAGUUCGAUAUCGAUGCUCUACCUCGACGAGGAGAACAAAGUGGUGCUAAAAAAUUAUCAAGAUAUGGCUGUACUGGGUUGCGGAUGUCGCUGAUGCCAAAAUACGAGAAUAUACGAAAAUAGCGUACACUCGAGCCUCCACGGAUAUCGCGUAGCGUCGACGAUCGAAUCGACCGGAAGUCCGGAGGAUGACCAGAGGAAAAGAUUUUUCAAUCGAUCUUGGAAAAUAACGCCUUAUACAUUACCAACUUUGACCCGCUUCCGUUGGACCUUCUUGCAGUCUCACCCUUACCUACCCGAGUUAAACCCCUGAGGGGACAGGGAUCCCGAGAUUCUACCCCGAGCGAUCGCACAGGAGGAGGAUCGAAGAGUCGAGUCGAUAGCUUCUUUCUCGAUGCUUCCAUAUGAGUGAGACAGCGCGUUUGUGACGCUGCCGCAUUCUCUACAGUUUCAGUAAUCAACAAAACCGGGCGGCCUAUCCAACCACGGGAUCCACAAGUUACGGCGGAUGCUGCUGCUGCUGCUGCUGCUGCUGCUGCCGUUGAUGCUCUUGCUCUUGCCGUUGCUGCUCUUGCUGCUGCUGCUGCUGCUGCUGCUGCUGCUGCCACCGCGUGCGUGAUAGGCAAGCCAAACCUCCUUGGAUAUAGCUAUACGUGUCAUUUAUUAAUAAGGCUGUAGAGAAAACCGGUAUAGAUUUAUAAAUAUAUAAGCAACCGCAGGUGCUAUUUGUUCCGAGGUAACUCAGCGCGAAGCGCAGAUGAUAUACGAAUAUAUAUAUAUAUAUAUACAUAUAUAUUUAUGUUCCCAUAAUACGUGUCGAUGAAAGAAAA